ACAGGAAUCAAAACAGGCUCACUCUCUCUGCUAAGACAGACAACACCCACACCCACUAGAGGAGUCUUUACCCAGAGGAACCUAAACUCUUCUGUCUUGGAAAGGAGUCAUGACCAAAGAGAUUGAGACUCUGGGAUUGGUCCUUCAGAACGAGAGUUUCAACUACCAGUGUUACAGUAACCUCAUCAUGGACUCCUGGGCCUACACAGACAGCCUGCUCACCUACGACCAGUGCAAGACACCAAAAGAACAGAAAAUGGUUGCAUGCAGCCGAGGCAGCAGUAUGUACAAGCCAGAGAGGACACUGAGUGGCUCCUCCCCCGAGCUGGUCUCCCUGGAGACGCCUACCAACAUCAUCAACAUUUCUGCCAGCCACCCCCAGGAGGCGCUGGACCUCAACAGCAAGCUGUCGUCCCUCUGCCCCCCCUCUGUCCCUCAAAACUCCAGUGCCGACACCUACGACAAGCAGGCCAUCAACAACAUGUUUGACUCCCUGCUCUCCCAGAAGUGGCCCACAGAGACAGCCUUCCCUGAGGCCAGCACUGAGCAGUCUCUACCCUACAGUGAUCCCUUUACCAAGCAGCCCAGUCCAGUGUACUCUGACUCCUACACCAACUCCCCUCCAGAGAGAUACAGGAAUGAUUUCCAGUUCGUUCUGGGAGCCCCUCAAGCCACCCAGCACAAGUCGUCCCAGCUGCCCAUGGUUUACCUCAACAAGGGCCAGUUCUACCCUAUCUCCCUACAGGGGGUGGACAGCCUGUCCUCCAACAAAGUCAAGACGGUGGUCAUGGCGGUGUUUGAGAAUGAUAAGAAUGCAGAGAUCCAGCUGAGGUGCUGGAAUCACUGGCACGCAAGGCAGCCGACCGUUAAGCAGAGGGUCAUUGACAUCGCUGACUACAAAGAGGUGUUCAGUGGCAUCAGCCAUGUGGAAGAGGUGGCCUUCAAUGCUCUGUCUUUCAUUUGGAACCCCAACGAGGAAGCGAAGGUGUACAUUGGCAUUAACUCUCUGAGUACAGACUUCUCCUCUCAGAAGGGGGUGAAGGGGCUUCCUCUCAACCUCCAGAUCGACACCUAUGAUUUCAGCACCGGCACCAACCGCCUCAUCCACAGAGCUGCCGUCCAGGUCAAAAUCUUCUGUGAUAAGGGUGCAGAGAGGAAGAUGAGGGAUGAGGACAGGAAGAGGAGCAAGAGGAGGGGCAAAACUGUCAUCGACUCCAAAAUCAUCAAGUCAGUAGUGUCCAGCUCCAUGGGAAGUGACAGCACCUUCUUCAAAACCUUGGAGGACCACGUCACCAACCCCGUCCUCUUUAUCCCAGAGAUGCACCUCUCCAACAUGCAGCGCUGCGGCCUGGCACCUCCCACAACACUGGAAGAAGUUGAACGGACCUCCCUGAAGAGACUUUACCCUGAUAGAGUGGACCAGAGCAGUGGUAGCCCACCACCAAGCAAGCAGGCCAGAUUGGAGGAGCAACAGAAAGUACUCUUGUACGUGAGAACAGAGUCCGAGGAGGUGUUCGAUGCUCUCAUGCUCAACACCCCAACUCUGAAAGGCCUGAGACACGCGAUUUCUGAAAAGUAUGGCAUGCAAGAGGACUCCAUUGGGAAAAUAUACAAGAAAUGCAAAAGAGGGAUUUUCGUCAAUAUGGAUGACAACAUCAUUGAACACUACAGCAACCACUCAGCGUUCCUCAUAGAGAUCUCUGAAGUCAUGAGCAGUCAGUUCCAGGUCACUCUCAUGGAGUUAUGAAGAGAGGGCAGACAUUUUUUAUGUUCGGGCCACCAAAUGGCAAGGUCUGCCCAAUCAAACUGCCUGCCGAUUUCAACCCUUUAAGCACUGCCCUGUGAGAGACUCUAUUGGCCGGGCCAACAGGACAAAGACACACCAUCCUUUCUACCAUUGAACCGACUUCAGACCGAACGCUUUAUAGUGAUGCCAGUCACUGACUUUGUAAAUACCAUUUAAUCCCCUUCUGACUUUUUUUUACUGUGGUAUAUAUUUUAUAACAGAGCGAUUAUGAUUAAUUAUGACGAUGCUGUAAAUAUUUUAUGUAAAUAGAAAUUAAUGACAUAUGAGUUGUCUCUUUUGAGGAGACAUACAGCGAUACAGCAUGACCCACUUUUCAGAAAUUUCCACAAGCUACGUAUUUCAAUUUCAGUAGACAUAUCGUGAAUGUUGUCAACUUUUUCAGACUGCCAUUCUUGCUGCUUGUCAUGUACUUAUCAUUUCUUCCAAGAGAUCUCAAGUAAUGGGAAUGCUGCCAUUGUUUAAUUGCUUUAGUUAUUUUUUUUACCYUAUUACUUCUCAGACCAUUUUGUUUGCUAUAUAAAUGGUACUACCAAUAGGAUAAUGCUUUAGCCUGAAUUGUCCAACAAACACCCUAGAAUUGUCCAACAAAYUACUUUUUUAGAACCAAAGUCAUACAUUUCCCACUUCACGGGUAUUGCCUUCACAAAAACCUCAGUGGCCUUCUUUAGUAGAAGACUGUACACAUUUCUAGGUUGUAUUGUGUCACCACAUAAUUCUUCCCCCAAGCCACUGUGCUAGAACCACUAUGUUCCAGAUCGACCUCUUUCAAAAUCUUUCAGUUGAGUUUUUUGUGAAGGUGUUUAGAUUUCMCUUUGUACGUUUUUUUGCAACAUUUCAAUGCUGUAGCUAUAUCCUUGUAAUAUAUCUUAUAUGAUUUUACCAUAGCGACUCUUUUUGUAUUGACUCUCGUUUCCAAGAAAAUUAAACACACAAAAAAAAUGUG